UUGGUAGGGGGUGGGGGAGGCCCAGAGGCUCAGAAGCAGGAUAAGUCCUCCCCACCCCUGUCCCCUGCCACCCCUCCCACUUAAGCCCUCUCAUUUCCUCUUCCUCCCCAGCACCAACACACACUGGUCAGCACAGCCUGAGCAGCCAGAGCCAUAGUGACUGUCUGUUGGCCUAGCCUGUCCUGGCUGGCCUGGGUCAGCCUCCGGAGUAUGGUCCAGUGGGGGCCACUUCUGCUGCUCCCCAUCCUCUUCCUGGCUUCUCGUGUUGGUGCGGCGGUGGACCUCACGCUGCUGGCUGACCUGCGUCUCGCAGACCCCCAGCGUUUCUUCCUGACCUGCGUGUCCGGGGAGGCAGGAGCGGGAAGGGGUUCAAACGGCUGGGACCCGCCCCUGCUGCUGGAGAAAGAGGACCGCAUCGUUCGCACCUUCCCGCCCCGGAAGCCCCUGCAGACUGCUCGCAACGGCUCACACCAGGUCACGCUGCGUGGCUUCUCACAGCCCUCGGAUCUCGUAGGUGUCUUCUCCUGCGUGGGCGGUGCCCGGGCGCGACGCACACGCGUUGUCUACGUGCACAACAAUCCCAGAGCCCAACUACUCCCAGACAAGGUCACACACACAGUGAACAAAGGUGACACGGCUGUGCUCUCCGCACGUGUGCACAAGGAGAAGCAGACAGAUGUGAUCUGGAAGAGCAACGGAUCCUACUUCUAUACCCUGGACUGGCAUGAGGCCCAGGAUGGGUGGUUCCUGCUGCAGCUCUCAAACGUGCAGCCAACAUCAAGCGGCAUCUACAGUGCCACCUACCUGGAAACCAGCCCCCUGGACAGCGCCUUCUUUCGGCUCAUCGUGCGGGGUUGUGGGGCUGGGCACUGGGGGCCGGGCUGUGCCAAGGAGUGCCCAGGGUGCCUGCAUGGAGGUGUCUGCCAUGACCAGGACGGCGAGUGUGUGUGCCCCCCUGGAUUCACUGGCACCCGCUGUGAGCAAGCCUGCAGAGAGGGACGUUUUGGGCAGAGCUGCCAGGAGCAGUGCCCAGGCACAUCUGGCUGCCAGGGCCUAACCUUCUGCCUCCCAGACCCCUAUGGCUGUUCUUGUGGAUCUGGCUGGAGAGGAAGCCAGUGCCAGGAUGCCUGUGCCCCUGGUCAUUUUGGGGCCAAUUGCCGCCUCCAGUGCCAGUGUCAGAAUGGUGGCACUUGUGACCGGUUCAGUGGCUGUGUCUGCCCCUCUGGGUGGCAUGGAGUACACUGUGAGAAGUCAGACCGGAUCCCCCAGAUCCUUGAUGUGGCCUCAGAACUGGAGUUCAACUUAGAGGCAAUGCCCCGGAUCAACUGCGCAGCUGCAGGGAACCCCUUCCCAGUGCGGGGCAGCAUGGAGCUCCGCAAACCAGAUGGCACAGUGCUCCGGUCCACCAAGGCCAUUGUGGAGCCAGAUAGGACCACAGCCGAGUUUGAGGUGCCUCGCUUGACUCUUGGGGACAGUGGACUCUGGGAGUGCCGUGUAUCCACAUCUGGUGGCCAAGACAGUCAGCGCUUCAGGGUCAACGUCAAAGUGCCCCCGGUGCCCCUGACUGCGCCUCGGCUCCUGGCCAAGCAGAGCCGCCAGCUUGUGGUCUCCCCUCUGGUCUCAUUCUCUGGGGAUGGGCCCAUCUCCUCUGUCCGCCUACACUACCGGCCCCAGCAUAGCACCAUGGCCUGGUCCACCAUUGUGGUGGAUCCCAGUGAGAAUGUGACGUUAAUGAACCUGAAGCCGAAGACAGGAUACAGUGUCUGUGUGCAACUGAGCCGGCCAGGGGAAGGGGGUGAGGGGGCCCGGGGGCCUCCCACCCUCAUGACCACAGACUGUCCUGAGCCCUCUAUACAGCCAUGGCUGGAAGGCUGGCAUGUGGAGGGCCCAGACCGGCUGCGAGUGAGUUGGUCCUUACCCUUGGUGCCUGGGCCACUGGUGGGCGAUGGUUUCCUGCUGCGCCUGUGGGAUGGGGCACGGGGACAGGAGCGGCGGGAGAAUGUCUCGUCCCCCCAGGCCCGCACUGCCCUCCUGGCCGGACUCACGCCUGGUACCCACUACCAGCUGGAUGUGCGGCUUUACCACUGCACCCUCCUUGGCCCUGCCUCACCACCUGCACGAGUGCUUUUGCCACCCAGUGGUCCCCCAGCCCCCCAACACCUCCAUGCCCAGGCCCUCUCAGACUCUGAGAUCCAGCUGGUAUGGCAGCGUCCAGAGGGUCCAUCUGGGCCUAUAUCCAAGUACAUUGUGGAGGUGCAAGUUGCUGGGGGCUCAGGAGACCCACUGUGGAUGGACGUGGACAGGCCCGAGGAAACGAGCACCAUUGUCCGUGGCCUCAAUGCCAGCACAUGCUACCUCUUCCGUGUGCGGGCCAGUGUCCAGGGUCCUGGUGACUGGAGCAACAUGGUAGAGGAGUCCACUCUGGGCAAUGGGCUACAGAGUGAAGGCCCAGUCCAAGAGAGCCGGGCAGCUGAAGAAAGCCUAAAUCAACAGCUAAUACUGGCCAUAGUGGGCUCUGUGUCUGCUACCUGCCUCACCAUCCUGGCUGCACUCUUAGCCCUGGUAUGCAUCCGCAGAAGCUGCCGGCAUCCAAGACGCACCUUCACCUACCAAUCAGGAUCGGGCGAGGAGACCAUCCUGCAGUUCAGCUCAGGGACCCUGACGCUGACUCGCCGGCCAAAACCGCAGCCUGAGCCCCUGAGUUACCCAGUGCUGGAAUGGGAGGACAUUACCUUUGAAGACCUCAUCGGGGAAGGGAACUUUGGCCAGGUCAUCCGGGCCAUGAUCAAGAAGGACGGACUCAAAAUGAACGCAGCCAUCAAGAUGCUAAAAGAAUAUGCCUCUGAAAAUGACCAUCGUGACUUUGCGGGAGAACUGGAAGUUCUGUGCAAAUUGGGGCAUCACCCCAACAUCAUCAAUCUCUUGGGGGCCUGUGAGAACCGAGGUUACUUGUAUAUCGCCAUUGAAUAUGCCCCCUAUGGAAAUCUGCUAGAUUUUCUACGGAAGAGCCGGGUCCUGGAGACUGACCCAGCUUUUGCCCGAGAGCACAGAACGGCGUCCACUCUCAGUUCCCGGCAGCUGCUGCGUUUUGCCAGUGAUGCUGCCAAUGGCAUGCAGUAUUUGAGUGAGAAGCAGUUCAUCCACAGGGACCUGGCUGCCCGAAAUGUGCUGGUUGGAGAGAACCUGGCCUCCAAGAUUGCAGACUUUGGCCUGUCUCGGGGGGAAGAGGUCUAUGUGAAGAAGACAAUGGGGCGUCUCCCUGUGCGCUGGAUGGCCAUUGAGUCUCUGAACUACAGCGUUUAUACCACCAAGAGUGAUGUUUGGUCCUUUGGUGUCCUCCUCUGGGAGAUUGUGAGCCUUGGGGGCACACCCUACUGUGGCAUGACCUGUGCUGAGCUCUAUGAGAAGCUGCCCCAGGGCUACCGCAUGGAGCAGCCUCGUAACUGUGAUGAUGAAGUGUACGAGCUGAUGCGUCAGUGCUGGCGGGACCGUCCGUAUGAGCGACCCCCCUUCGCUCAGAUUGCACUGCAACUGGGCCGCAUGCUGGAAGCCAGGAAGGCCUAUGUGAACAUGUCGCUGUUUGAGAACUUCACUUAUGCGGGCAUCGAUGCCACAGCUGAGGAGGCCUGAGCUGCCACCCAACCAGAACCUGGCUCUGCUGGCCGGAGCAACCUCUGCUCACCAACUUGUGACUUCUGACCCCUGUAGACUCUAACCUGAGCUGC